AAAGCAGAUAAAAUUAAGAAGUCGAUACCUUCCCUUCAUCAUUCCUUCGUUGCUUCUUUCUCCCGAAACUGAAAGCUUAAUGCCACCGCAAAGCAAGCAGGUUACACCAUACAUAUAGGAUAUAGAUUCUAGGGUUUUUGCUCUCAUGGACGGAGCCAGCAAUGGAGGGAUGUUGUACCAUGAGGUACAAGAGUCCAAGCUCUGCGCAGUGCAUUGCGUCAACACCGUGUUGCAAGGACCGUUUUUCUCCGAAGUCGAUUUGGCGGCACUGGCGUCGGAUCUCGACUCUAAGGAGCGCCAGGUGAUGCUCCAAGGUGGAGCUACCACCGCUGCUGCUUCCUCUCCCGGCGGUUUCCUCUCAGAGGAUUCCCAUAAUGUCUCCCUCGGUGGCGAUUUCAGUAUACAGGAAAAAGCUUCUUCGGUUUUACAGAAGGCACUAGAGGUUUGGGAUUUGCAAGUCAUUUCUGUUGAUAGCCCAGUUGCUGAGCCUGCUCAGAUUGACCCUGAGCUAGAAAAUGCAUUCAUAUGUCAUUUGCAUGACCACUGGUUUUGUAUCAGGAAAGUGAAUGGUGAAUGGUAUAAUUUUGAUAGUCUCUAUGCAGCUCCACAGCAUUUUUCGAAGUUUUACCUCUCAGCCUAUCUGGACUCUCUAAAAGGCUCUGGCUGGAGUAUCUUCCUUGUGAGGGGAAACUUCCCCAAAGAAUGCCCCAUCUCAUCUUCAGAAUCUUCUAAUGGUUAUGGACAGUGGCUUUCCCCCGAAGAUGCUGAGAGAAUAACUAAAUCAUGCAACUCGGUACAGGCUUCUCCACAGAGAGUCAAUUGGGGUGAGCAGCAUUCUGAUCAGCCAUUGUCAUUGCUUUCAGAAAUGGAAGACGAGGACCUGAAAGCUGCAAUAGCUGCCAGCUUGAUGGAUUCUUCCUUAGCCACGGCCAAAGUCGAAGGUAGCACUACAGAAAGUGAAGAUCAAGAUAACACGGAAAAGAGUGCAUAAAAAAGUAAAUUUAUUUUUUGUUUUGUUUUUAUUGGCUGAGAGACAAUGAUACUACUUCAUGUUAGAUGGAGUUGGGCACACAGUCUUUUGUUGUGAAUUAUAAACUUUUGUUAUACUUUCUCAAGCCGAAAUUGAGGUAGUAAAAGGAAAGAAAAAAAGGAGAAUUUCUAUUUAAUUUUGU